AGAGGAACAGUGGGUUUUAAACUCCAUAUAAAGACAAGCAGCCACACACUGUAAUCCCCUUGGGAAAAUAGAAAUCGUGUCACCAGGCCUGGCCGGUGUUCAAAUGCUGCACAGUCACACCGACGAAUGUGAGAGUGUGUGAGAAGAGCUCGGUGCUGUCGGCGUGGUUCCGGCUGGAUUCGUUUUGCAAGCUGUUUGGGAGCACUUAAACCGGGCGCAGAGCCUACUCUGAAGAAUGUGCAGUUUUCAGGAGGGCGGAGACAAGCCUGCUUUCCAUCCACAGCGAGGGGCAGCGGCGUCCGUACGCAGCCGUACUGCGCGCUGCUGCUGCUGCUGCUGCUGUGGAGGCUGCAUAAUUAAGUUUACAACAGGAGACAGCGCGGAUCUCUCUCGCUUCUUCUGGGCCACAAUGGGUGAAUGUUUUUCGGUCUCACAGCACGGCAGGCAUUUUCCCCCGAUCUGCCGAACUAACCGGAGUCGUCCGUGGUAAAGUGAGUGGCACAGGGACUCGAACAAGUGACCCGCCUAACAUAGUUCUAAGUGCGGCUGUUUUGGAGAGGCGCAACACUGGAACCGGGAAGAACCGCCUGGAGGUGGAGGGGGUGGCUGCACUGAUCCUAUACCAGUCCUGCACGCGAUGUUAAAGAGCAACUACCGUGGCGGUUUCACCUCGGGGUGGCUACGAGAAGUGGACUGUCCGGUUUGUUUUCUCCAUCUGCUCCCAGCUUGCGUGGAACAAAGUGUGCUCUCUGUCACAUAAGGCGCGCAGUGAGGUAGAUCCAGGAGGACUGGCAGCGUCGGUUUCCAUUUGUCUCUCUCUCUUAAAAAAAAAGAAGAAAAGAGUUCAGCUUCUCCAGAAAUCAUGAGGACCACCGAAGAGACGGAGGGCUUUGACGGCGAGGCCUCCAACACUUCCAUGAUCUCCGGGGCCAGCAGUCCCUACCAGCCCACCACCGAGCCCGUCCAUUCGCGGAACGUUUUUGGGGGGAUAGUGUGCGACAUGGAGUACCUCAAGUCAUACUUUGGGAUUUUAAAGGUGGUUGAAGUGGUCCUUUCACUCAUCGGCUUCAUCUGCAUAGAAACGAUCAUGAUGUGUUCCCCCUGUGGAGGGGUCUACUUCUUUGAGUUUGUCAGCUGCAGUGCUCUUGUGGUGACAGGAGUCCUCCUCCUGAUCUUCUGCCUCAACAUCCACACCAAGGUGCCCCACGUAAACUGGAGCCUCACGGACCUCGUUAACACAGGUGCCAGCACCCUGUUUUUCUUCUUGUCAUCUCUCGUGCUUGCUUGCAUCAACCACAACACUGGAGCUGAAAUAGCAGCAGUGAUUUUUGGCUUCCUGGUGACUGUCGUGUACGGAAUAAACACCUUUCUGGCAGUGCGGAAGUGGCGCCGUGGCGCUGGGUGUCAGGGGGCGGCUCAGGCCAGCGAUUACAUUCGGGCACGCACGGCAUCGCGUGGCGAAGUGGAGCCACGACCUGAGCUUGCAUGAGUGCUGGCAGACAAUCAGGAAGACUAAGAAAAAGCCACGCUACCAGCAGCUGACUCUAAUGGAAACAGCUCUGCCUUCAGAACAGUAUUUCCACUCCAGUGAGACAGCCACCUUCGGCUCACCGCAUGCUUUUGACUUCUCAUCACAACACUUCAGCUGUGAAUGAGGCUCCGUGGCUUUGUUCAGCAGCCGUCCUGGCUGCUCCUGGUGACACAUAAACACUUUUGAGUAGAAAACCCGGGUCACAUUUGAGGGUGUGCUUUGUAAAAUCCUUCAUCCACAUGUUUUUCCAAAGCAUUGUGAAGGACAGCUUCCCCUGAAAGGCUACAAAAAGAAAGCCUGACUUCUCCCCAGCUGUGCACAUACUCUGGUUCCGGUAUAUGUGUUGACUUUUGGGCACGCUUUGUCUUUCACUGUGAAUGAAGUCCAGUAAAACAAGGUCAGCUUUUGUACAGUCUGCUUAUGUCAUGCCGCUGAAGUCUGUGGUAAUAAAUGUGAUCAUGAAAUGAGGAAACCAGUGGACCAGCAACAAACCCUAACCUGCAGUCCAACCAUGACUUCAUUGUUCUUUCUCACAGCUUUUACCUUCUACCUUUGAGCAAGCCUGACAUUUAAUUUUUUAAUUAUACAUGCUCUGAUGAAAGUUUCCUUGUCCUUUGUCUUGGCUGAUCUUACAAAUCUUACUUUUACACAUGGCCUCUAGCCACUAUUACCAUACUGCAUUUAUGGAGUAAGAGUGCAGAUUACAUGCACUGCAUUACUCCACAACACUUAAAAUGGGGAAAAAAUAACUUCUUUGUAACACAAAUGCAUCCAGUUGGUUUGACACAAUAACAGGGACAUUAUUUUUAGCUGAGCUUCUACAUAAACUAUUCAGACGAAAUCUCUCCAGCGUUCCUAAAAAAGUUUUACUUAUAGAUGUGUGUUAGGCCUACACUGUGAGCCUGGAGGCUAUCACGCAAUGAUAAUGUAAUCUGUAUCUUAAUUUUUGCACACGUCCAACACUUCAGGUAACACAAAUGUUAAAAGUACAUCAGUGAGAUUCAUUUUAAAGCAAACAUCAGUAGAUGGCGUGGUUGAGACCAAUGUCAUUAGCCUAUACACUGCUUCUCAGGUACUGACCCUCCUAUAUUACAAAAAAAAAAAAAAUCACAGGGUGCCUCGACCUAAACACUGUGUUUCCUAAUGCCUUUCUAAAUAUUAGACUUGAUGAGUCUGUGGGGUGGAAACAUGGUACAUUUAGCAAAUCUGUGGUUGAUUGAAAUGUUUGUAUAUGUAUCUACAAUGAUAUUAUCCCACAUUUCAUGUAUUAUGAUAUCCCUAUCCUUCAUUCCCCUUAUAGCAGCCUCCACAAAGCCCAUCCUUCCAUUACUGAUUUCUCUUUAAUAUUUUUCAGUUUGGUCAGUGCACCUGGAGUAAACAGGAAGUUAAACCUUUGUCUACUUAUUUAACAUCUGAUCUUCUUUUAAUGUACACUACAGUUAAGACCUGAACCUUCUUCAGGCAAGUUGACUAUGGCCCCCUCUUCUGGUCUUUAUAUGAAAUGUAUCUUUUUGUCGCGUCAGUGGAUCGGGUGUAUAGGUAGAUGAUUUUACAUUAGUGUGUUUAUAAGUGAAGGACCAGAAAUGUAUUUGACUGUGGAUUUUUUUUAAAAUUAAGAAUAAUAAAUGCCCUGAAGAUGCUUGAUUAACCAGGCAUUUCUUAGAUUUUAAAUAACUUAUGUUUUAAUGCUGUUUCUCUUGGUUUGGUGAUUGACGUAGACGUAUGAGAAGACAAUCCUGUUCGUAUUUAUGUGUGUGUAACUUACUUUGAUGGAUUUGUUUUUGAGUAAUACUAUUACCAUGUUCACUUAAGAGUUUGUACAGCAACAAAAUCACGCUAUUGCAUUAUGCUAUUUGAUCAUAUAAACAGACCAUAUUUGUCAAACGCUUAUCAAGCUGCAGCUCUCUCCGUGUAUGACUGUGCUGCAAUAUGUUACGAAAUUUGUAUUUAUGAGAAAGAAAAGGCUUUCUGCUGGUUUGCAGGUGGUGACAUAAACGGCAAACAAUGAUCCAAUCACGAAGAAGUGUGGAGACUUCACACUGGUUUAUAUUGACAUUACUGAAACGAAGACAGGUUUUUAUUCAAACUUUUUUUUUUUGCAAAAAAAUCCAAAACCAAACAAAAAAUAAACAAGCAGGCAACUUACAGCUACACUGGUUUUUACAAAGGUACCCGUUUAUAAAAUGGUACUGUGUGGGGAUGUUGUUUGAAUGUUCCAAAUAAACUGAAGGUUCUCCUACUUCUUGGAAAGAAUAAAUCAUUUAAAACCA